UCCUCUCUCUCUUCUCUCUCUCUCUCUCUCUCUCUCCUCUCUCGACACGACACUCAUCGGCACGGCGAGAGCGAGCGAGCGAAGACGCAGCAAUGGCGGAAUCCAGAGGCACCUGGGACUCCGUGAGGGAAUGGAUCGUCGAGCACAAGCUCCGUGCCGUCGGUUGCCUGUGGCUGAGUGGAAUCACGGGUUCGAUCGCCUACAAUUGGUCGCAGCCCAACAUGAAGACCAGCGUCAAGAUCAUUCACGCCAGGCUGCAUGCUCAGGCACUCACCCUUGCUGCUUUGGCGGGCGCUGCGGUAGUGGAGUACUACGACCACCAGACAGGAAAGAAGGCCGACCGCUACGCCAAGUUCCUCAACUUCGAUGAGCACCAGCAGAAAGAUUGAAGUUAAGGUUCUACUAGCCACGAGAUCUAUACAGUACUAGGUCAUUUUGUCAUAAUCCCCUGGAGAGUGGCGACCAUGUUUCUCCGAGGCAUCAUUGCUAAACAUUGAUCUAAUUGGAAGCAUUUGUGCAUCUUUUCUAUCCAUUAACGAUGUAUGGUUGUAUCAAAUUGUUCUAUUAUGUCUUGUUAUUUUUUUGGUUCUUCCUGUAUAA